AUGCACCUUUUGUCACUCUUCAUGUUUGCCGGCACUAUUGCAGCUUGUUGUUCUCAAAAGACAUACAGCAGACCUGGAAAGCAACGUGUGGUGAAACACUCCAAACGCAUACCCGGAGCUUCAAUUGAGUAUCAAAAGACAUCCCUUUGUGACAAUCCUGGUGGCUCAUACAGUGGCUAUGUUUAUCUCCCAAGCUCUGCGAUUCCAGAUUUAGAAAGUGCAACGCCGUUCAACAUAUCAACAUUCUUCUGGUUCUUCCCGCGUCGAAACAGUGCGGGAUCUGAUAAGAUGGCUGUCUAUCUCGCUGGUGGUCCUGGGGAGUCGUCUACUUGGCACGCUUUUGUGGGUACCGGCCCUUGCAGACUGAUGAAUGGUGGGCGUGAAGCAGGGAGGAAUGACAUUUCGUUCAACAAUCAGGUCAGCAUGCUGUACAUUGACCAACCCAAUCAUGUUGGUUACAGUUAUGACACUAUUGUGGAUGGCUAUUACAAUGUACUUGAUGAGACCGUUCAUACCGGGCCGGGAACAGAGGGUGUGAUGUCGAAUUUGACGAUCAUGAGAGGGCGAUUCUCGAGUCAGAAUCCCGCAACUACAGCAAGUACGACGGAACAAGUAUCUAAACAUCUGUGGCAGUUCUUGCAGGUUUGGUUUGCAGAGUAUGUUGACUUUGGUCCUUAUGGUGGCGCAUGGGCACCGGCGGUGGCUCGCUAUAUCCUCAGUCGUAACAGCAACCUCGACCGCUCCAGACACAGCAAGCUUCACUUAGAGAGCGUUGGCAUGAUCAACAGCUGCAACGAUAUCGCUAUUAUGGGACAGUCCUAUCUGGAUUUUGCGAUCAACAACACUUACAGUCAACCCUUCAUCAAUCAAACCACAUACGAUAUCGCUCUGAACGAAUUGAACAAAUCAGGGGGUUGUAUCGAGCAGAUUCAGGCAUGUCGAGAUGCUGCGGUCGUGGGCGACCCGAAGGGCACCGGCGCAAAUCUAGAUGUGAAUGGUAUCUGCCUUCAAGCAUUCUCUUUUUGUGGAACGAACGUCCAAAAUACCUACAUCGCGAGCGGCCAUAGCGUAUUCGACAUUGCAGCUACGCCGAAUUACCCGUUUCCUCCCAAAGACGCGGUCACAUUCUUGAACCAAAAGUGGGUACGUGAACAACUGGGAGUGCCCGAGAUGAACUUCACUUGGGACUCGCAGCUUGUAAGAAACCAGUUUUUCCAAACGGGAGAUGCUCUCAGACGUACGAUUCAAGAGGUGCAAGAUGUGCUUGAACAGGGUGUCAAAGUGGCGAUGAUAUAUGGUGACAGAGACUUCCAGUGCAACUGGUUUGGCGGCGAGAAGCUCGCGCUCUCCCUAAAUGCACCCAAAACAAUUUCAUCUCUCGAAGAUGCUGGCUACACGACGGUCAAGCAACGCUGCCCAGCGAGUCAAAGUAGUUCUUGUCACUCUCAUAAUCCACUCGACAACACCAAAGCAGCUGUACGCCAACACUCCAGUCUAUCGUUUUCGCGCGUGUUCGAUGCAGCCCAUUAUGCCGAGUAUCACCAACCAGAGUCCAUUACCCGCAUCUUCGAGCGCACUAUUAUGUCUUCCGAUGUUGAAACUGGGGAGAAGCUAGAUGCAGGUGAGGUGGACAGUAAGUAUGUCACCAAAGGAUAUAAGAAUGGCAUGAGCAUCAGAAACCAAUACGAGAGAGUGACUGAAAGGCAAUGUAGUCUUUGGAGUGUGCAGCUCAGUUGCUCACCGACCCAGAUUAAUGCACUUGUAAUAGGGACGGCGCGGGUCAAAAACAUGGUAGUCGUUCAUCCGCCUUUCUGA